AUGAGUGCGAGUGUGAGUGUGAGUGAGUGCGAGUGGAAGCGUAGGUGCGGCUGCGGAUACGGAUGCGGGGGCGGUGGCUGGCUUAUGAGGCCGUCCAAGACAAGAGUCCCCGAGGAGUCGAUGGGGGCAGUCGCGCGGCGGAGGAGAAGAGCGGUGCCAAAGGAGGACGCAGAAACUGGCGCGGACGGCGGGACGAGGAUGAGGCCCGAGAAAAACAACGAAGAUGCCGGAGAAGAGAAGAUGGCAAGGGCAGAGGGGGGUGGGUGA